UUCACAUUUUCCAGAGAACAUAAAGUCCUGUGUGACUACUGUGUGAGUUGGGAGUGAGUGACACACUGACACUGACACUUCUUUUCCAAAAGGAGGAGCAGAGAUCUGCGAUAAUUUCCACGAUGGGCAUUGCGGCCGUACUCGGAGUGGUGUCGCCGUUCCCGUUCUACUACUGGCUCUGGAACUCGCCGCAGUCAUGGGCCAACCUCUGCGGCAAAGGCCGCGACCCAACCAAGGCCAUGGCUCACGUUUCGUACUUCUUGAAGCUCAUUCAGUUCAUCUCCCUCUACUCCGUUUCUUCCUUCAGCUGGCCUCCUCCCUUCUACUUCUGGCCCCUCUUCGCCUUUGGCCAAUUCCUUAACUUCAGGGUUUAUCAGCUGCUAGGUGAAGCUGGCACUUACUAUGGUGUACGCUUUGGAAAGACUAUUCCUUGGGUAACUGAGUUCCCUUUCGGAGUCAUCAGAGAUCCUCAGUAUGUUGGCAGCAUUUUGAGUCUUCUUGCUUGCCUCUCAUGGUUUCCUCUUCAAUACAUUCUCCUAUUCAUUAUAGGAUAUGUGUUUAUGAUACAUGUGGAAUCAAAGGAAGAUCCAUCUACUCGUGCCAAGCCAGUCCAUUGAAUCUGCUGUCAGUAGAUUAGAUAUAACUUGGAGGAGUUAGUAGCAUGUGGGUUUCCAAAAUUCUUUGUACUUUUUUGUUUCUUUCCCUCCUCUCGAAUGACAUUUCUAUUUAUAAUUCUGAUUCCUUCAAAUUAUUUCUAUUGAAAUGCAGACUCUUUUUUGUCUCUCAUGACUUGUGUAUUUCAAGCAUGUAAAAAAUGUUAGCUAAUUUACAUGAUAGAUGCAGUGCCCUUAUUCGCC